GGCGUGUUUCUUAUUUUAAUAGCAACCCCAGUAUCGUUGGAUGAGAACACUGUGUACGGAAUUAGAGCCACUUAGCAGGCCGUAUCGCCAUUGCUUUGUAAGGCUGCUGGCUAGCUACCGUCUUCCUCAACUAGCAAAACUGUUCGUGAAUCCGAGCAACACGGAGCACCAAGAUGAAGAAGAAAGCUCGGCAGCACCGGGUUGCGGUGCCGCAGAGGCCGUCGUCUCCCAUCAUGCCUUCCCCCAACAAGCAGAUCCUGACGUACGCCCAGGCGCAGAGCAUGGUGGAGUUCGAUCUCGAUGGCCGCCUCCAUCGAAUCAGCAUAUACGACCAGCUGGACGUGAUCUCAGAUGAUGACCCCAUGGUGCAGGAGAUGAUGGAGUGCACCAGCAAUAAGGAGAAUGCUGAGAAACCGCAGCAGGUCCUCCUGAGGUCUGUCCGAUUAAAAAACAACCAGGAGAAGAGAAACGCUGCGCUGGGCAUCACCAGUCCUGGACAUGGAGGUGGACAUCAGCCUCCUGCUGCCAAUACUGGUCCAAAACUCAAUGAGCCUAAAUUUCGUACUGUGGAAUAUAAUCUUCCAGCAGUUCCUAAGCGCUCAUCCGCCUUUUAUAAAUACACAGAGAAGACAGAGGAAGAGCUGGACGAGGACACAGAAUACGACAUGGACGAGGAGGAUUAUGCCUGGUUGGAUUUGGUGAAUGAGAAACGGAAAAGCGAAGGGGUCAGUCAGGUCUCUCACAACGUCUUUGAGUUUCUUGUUGAUCGCUUUGAGAAAGAGUUGCACUUGGAGAGUUUGGACCAAGGCGGUGAAAAGCAUGCUCCCAUUGACGAGGACGCCGUCUGCUGCAUCUGCAUGGACGGAGAGUGUCACAACAGCAACGCUAUCCUGUUUUGCGACAUGUGCAACGUGGCCGUGCACCAGGAAUGUUACGGUGUGCCGUAUAUUCCUGAGGGCCAGUGGCUUUGCAGACACUGCCUUCAGGUACCCACCCAGCCUUUAGACUGUAUCCUCUGUCCUAAUAAGGGGGGAGCACUGAAAAAGACAGUAGAUGAGCGCUGGGGCCACGUGGUGUGCGCCCUCUGGGUCCCUGAGGUCGGCUUCACCAACACCACCUUCAUCGAACCCAUAGACGGUGUCAGCCACAUUCCUCCCGCCCGCUGGAAGCUCACCUGCUACCUCUGCAAGGAGAAAGGUGUGGGGGCGUGCAUCCAGUGCCACAAAGCCAACUGUUACACCGCCUUCCAUGUCAGCUGCGCCCAAAAGGCUGGCCUCUUUAUGAAGAUGGAGCCGAUCAAGGAGGUAACGGACACUGGGGAGCCCACGUUUUCUGUGAAGAAGACGGCAUACUGUGGAGCGCACACACCAAACGGGUGUGUAAGGAGGCCUCUAACAAUCUACAAUGAGGCCAAACCCAAAAACGGACUAUGUAAGAAAGUGGACAAAGGGAGAGGUGCUGGGAAAGGAUCGUCUAAAGGAAAGAAGAAGAGUAAGAAGCCUGAGCCUGAAGCUGAAGCUGAGAGUGAAGCUGUGACUCCUGCUGCUGUGCCUACGUUUCCCGCUCACAGGUUACAAACCAUUUUCAACCAGGUGUCGGUUCAGAAGAAAAAAGCUUUUGUGGAGCUGGCCCUAAAUUACUGGACACUAAAGAGGCAAUCCAGGAACGGGCUCCCCCUCAUCAGACGCCUACAGACGAGCAUGCAGUCUCAGAAGAAUACGCAACCGGUUUGUUUAUCUAAGCAGAAUGAGGAGGAGAGCAGGGCGCUGAAGGAGCAGCUGAAGGAGUGGCAUCGUCUCCGACACGACCUGGAGAGAGCGCGGCUGCUGCUGGAGCUGAUCCGCAAGAGGGAGAAGAUGAAGAGGGAGGAGAUUAAACUGCAGGAGAGCCUUCUAGAGAUCCAGUUGUGUCCGUUCAGUAUUUUGCUCAAAGGGCUAUUGGACCAGCUCCAGACAAAAGACCAGGCCAAGAUCUUCACACAGCCGGUCGACAUCAGCGAGGUGCCUGACUACCCCUCCCACAUCAAGCACCCGAUGGACUUCUCCACCAUGAGGCAGCGCAUCGACGCUCAGGCCUACAACAACUUUGAGCAGUUUGAGAACGACUUCAACCUCAUUGUGGAUAAUUGCAUGAAAUACAACUCAAAGGACACUUAUUUCUACCGGGCGGCCGUUCGCCUCCGAGACCAGGGCGGGUCCCUGCUGAGGAAGGCCCGGAGAGACGUGGAGAUGAUCGGCUUCGACUCGGAAAGUGGCAUGCACCUACAGGAAGCUCCGGAAAUCAAAGCAGAAAGAAAAUCCUUUUCCUGGGAGGACGUUGACCGCCUACUAGUACCAGCCAAUCGGAUGCAUCUGUCUCCAGACAAGCAGCUGCAGCAACUGUUGGAGAAGUUUGACCUGACCUGUGCCAUGAAGUCCAGCCCCUCCCGCAGCAAGCGCUUAAAGCUGCUCAAGAAGACCAUCAACGAUGUGCGCAAUGAAAUGAGCCUGAAGAGGGUCCUGCCCUCCCACCACCAUCACUAUCAUCACCACCAUCACCACCACUCUUCUUCCUCCUCCACAACCCCCUCCACAUCAGCGUCAUCAACCGCCUCCCACCCAGAGUUGAGUAAACCUAAAGUGGAGACAUCGAAGCCCAAUGGGCACUUUCCAGAUGAUGAGGGAGAUAAGUCUCUUCCUCCGAAACUGGAGCCUUCGGACUCAAUCCCCCACCACAUCCAGUCAGACUCAGACCCGGGGCCCCCCACCCUCAAACCAAUAGACUCUGCCCCGUAUCGUGAAGAAAAGCCUCACAGCAAACGCCUCAAGUUCGACAGGGAACUCCCAGACCUGCUCUGUUCCGCCCCGCGCCUCAACGGACACUCCCGCGGCCGACUCCACAGCUCGCUGCUGGACGGAGACGUGAGCGUUGUUGCCACGUCGACGGUCGCAGAGCCCACGGGCAAGGUGAACCGCCGGACCGCCGUGCUCUUCUGCAAAUCGAAGACCACCAGCCCACGCAAACUCCCGAGGAGCGAGGAGGAGGAGAACGGCGACAGAAAAAGGGCCGAGCAGCAGCAGCAGCAGCAGCAGCAGGAGGAAGAGGAGGAGGAUGACGUCGAAGAGCUGGGCUCCAAAUCCUUCCUGUCGGUGGUCAUACCCAGGCUGGAGACGCUGCUCCACAGCAAGAAGAGGAGGCGCAGCAGGGAGGAGGUAGAGGCGGGAGGCGACAAAGGAAAGUGCCCUAUGAAACGCCUUGAUACCGGCUUAACUAGCGGGUUUCUGGAGGUGGAGGAGGAGCAGGAGCUGGAGGAGUCGAGCAGAGCCAGCCGAGCCGUGGAGCCACGGCGACGCUGCGCCUCCGAGUCCUCCAUCUCCUCCUGUAGCAGCCUGCCAGGCAGCACCAGCACUAUUCUCAGUCUUCCUAAAUGUGGGAAAGGGAAACCCGCCUUGGUCCGGAGAAACACUGUGGACGAUAAGAGCGAGUUAAUCGCCUGUAUCGAAACAGGGAACUUUGCAAAAGCUGCACGAAUCGCUGCAGAGGUUGGCAACAGCAAUAUCUGGAUGCCCGCUAGUGCUGCAACAGUUGCACUGGAACCCCUGAAGCUAAUCUGGGCCAAAUGUAGCGGAUACCCUUCCUACCCUGCCUUGAUCAUCGACCCCCACAUGCCGCGCGUGGGCUGCCAGCACAACGGGGUGUCCAUCCCCAUGCCCCCCAUGGACGUGCUCCGCAUCGGAGAGCAGAUGCAGUACAAAGCCGAAGAGAAACUCUACCUCGUCCUCUUCUUCGACAACAAGCGCAGCUGGCAGUGGCUGCCUAGAUCCAAGAUGGUUCCUCUGGGCAUGGACAAGACCAUAGACAAAAUCAAAAUGAUGGAGGGACGCACGUCCAGCAUACGCAAGGCUGUCCAGAUCGCCUACAGCCGCGCCAUGAACCACCUGAGCAUCGUGCAGGACGAGCCCGUCAGCGACCUCAGUGACGUGGACUGAUGAUACUCUGUCUCACACACACACACACACACACACACACACACACACACACACACACACACACACACACACACACACACACACACACACACACACACACACACAUCUCCUGUACCAAAUGCCUCCUUUUCCUCUAAUGUUUACUGGGCACCCGCUGCAACAGGCGGUGUCUCCUCCUCAUCCAUUCCUCCUCCUCCUCCUCACACACACUCCCACCAUGUGCCGAUGGGAUACGGCUGCUGCUCAAAUGAAUGUGUUUCUGUCCUUUCCACCUGCAGGCUGUGCUUAAGCUCUUUAUGUCCAACCCUCAUCUUCCUCACUCUUUAAUCAUUUCAACACAAACAUGUCGGUAGCCUUACCAAAAUUGUAAGACAAAAAGCUUACACAGAUUAAAUCUCUGCUUAUCGGUCCGUAAUUUUGUUUGGCAGGUAGCCAAUCAUGUUAUUUAAAAAUUAACAUCUUGUAGCUGGUUUAUGAGUUAAAGUGGAUAAAAACAUACAUUUCCUGCCUAUAUGAAAACUUUUUUAGUUGUCGCCAAAGCUCACGUUAUGUCGCAUUUUCAUACCGCUUUUUCCUUUGUAUUUAAACUGUAAAUAAUGUGUACAGUUGCCUGACACUAACUUAUUUUGUAGUUUUGACAUCAGUGGGUACUGUACAGGAGUUUUUUUAGUAUUUAUACUUGAUGCAUUCUUCACACGAACAUGUGAAGGCUAUUUUGACAGUGCUGUUUGAUCAAGAAGAUGGAAAAAAAAGCCUUAAUAUUAAGGAGAUUAGGGCUAAAAUAUCAUGUUUCUGAAAAGUAUGAAAGUAUUCCCUUUUUAAGUUAUUGAAGUUUAUAAUCGUAAACUUCCAUUUGGCAUUAAUCCUCUUUUGUAUGGAAAAUAGUUUUUAGUAUAUUUUUGUUCAUAUAUAUUUAUAUGAUUUGAAUACACGGUUAUACAGUGUGUAAGUCUCUAAAGCUCAUACAGGCAGUCUGAAGUCCUCGACCCGUAAAUUGUUCUCAAGAAACCAAAAAUGUUGCUACCCAGAAGUUUUUUCGCUGAAAUUUUCUGUGUGAAAUUGUUGCCAAAAAGGAAAAAAUAGUAUUUUUUAUGUGAUACAUUUGACUGUUACUUGGUUCUUGCUGUACUCGUAGGGAGACGCUCCUGCGGUAACUUAUUGUAAAGUAUUUGCAUUACUUUAUAUCCAAGGAAUGACUUUGCAAACUGAUUGUGGUAAAGUGGCACAUUUUGUGAUGGAUACUUGCCUUCUUUUUUUAAGUAACCUUUUUUAACCUUUUUUUGUUGAUGUACUUCAAGACAUUUCAUUUUAUACUGUUUCUCUGGGUAGCAUUGGGUCAUUUUGGUAUAUUUCAUUUUGUACUUAACUGUAGUAGUUUUUUAAUCAGGUCAUAUUAAAAAUUGCUGGGACUUUUCUUUCCUAGCAAAACAUAAAAGAUACAAAUAUGAACACAUGCUUCUGUUGUUUUGUGUGACAAUCAAGGAUUAAAAAUGCCCUAUUGUGCUUUUUAAGGUU